AUGAUCUCCACUGGCGAUAUCAAUACACUGCUCUUGACCCAAUUAUCGUCGCUGCUGGUGCUUGAGUACACUCAUUACCCUUUAAACAUGUCGCGACGAGGGAGCCCAGCAAAAACAACACCGCCGAUUUCUACAGCAGAGACUCCGCAACCUCGAAACCUCGAGUCGAUGCAGUCUUCUUCUGGUGAUGGCGAUUUCACCCUGGUUACUCGCCUGACGCAAGGACUAGAAGAUUGUGAUUGGAAUCAGUUGCAAGAGAAGUACACGGAUGCCAUGGAUGAACACAGCCGUGUCGAAGAUGAUUUACGUGCCGAAACUGCAAAGCUGCUCGAGGUCUUCACUGCUUGGUCUCAAACUACCGUUUUGCAAGAUGAAAAACGGGCCUUGAAACGAUUCAAGACGCAGAUGCAGCAUGUGCAGAACUCCGAAGUGAGCUUGGAGAGCAAGAAAAAACACUAUACGGACGUUGUGAAGGCUUUCCAGAGUGCCUUGGCCCUGCUCAACGAGCAGAUGAAGGUUUAA